AUGAAGACCGGCUUGGCAUCAGAACGCAACAGGCAGUUUGCGUUGAGGCAACAGUCAAAGCUAGUCGCAAAGUUUAGGCUAGACGAAGCCCAUCUGGAUAUUGAUCAGUAUCAAGCCUACUAUGAGGAUAUCAGCAAUCCUUCAAGUGGAACAACCGAAGGCUUCCGUGAGCACAGAAUAUAUCAAGAAUGGGAUUUCGGAUCAACUCGUUCUCUGCUUGUGGUGGCCAACCCCGGUACUGGAAAGUCAGUGCUGACCAAAUCUCUUCAUGAGUCACUUUCAAGACCAGGUGGACCUGCGGUUUGUUCAUUCUUCUUCAAGGACCGUGGUGGUCAGCAAAAUAACAUGAAUGUCGCUCUCUGCCACAUUAUGUAUCAAUUGUUCCAGAAUCGUCCGGACUGGACUGUCCACGUGGUGGAUGAUAUUCAGAACAAGGACCAGGGUGACAUACGAUCAAAUUUUCGUCUUCUAUGGGAGCUUCUUCAUAAGGUACUCGUUAAAGCUGAACCGGAUAGUAUCGUUGUUCUGCUUGACGCCUUGGAUGAAAGUGAGCCUGGCUCAAGGGAAAAGUUCAUUCAGCACUUGCACGGUUUCCAUAGCCCAGCUUUGAAGCUCUUCUGCACUGCCCGUCCACUGAGUGACAUCAUUGACGACUUUCACCCCGUGAUGGAUUCUAUUUUGGACCUCGAUCAAGAUGCGCAAUGUCGGGAGUUUCUUUCAAGGGAUAUUCAAUGUGUUGCGAGUCAACGUCUGGAGAGGUUCAUACAGAAACGGAAGAUCGAAAAUAAGUCUGUUUGUUUACAGCUCCGAGAAAUGCUCAGAAAGCGCGUUGAAGGAGAUCGGACAUAUCUAUUUGUCAAAUUGCUUUUCGAUGUUUUGGAUAAGAAGAAGCUGAGUAUGACAAGAUCGCUGAGGGCAUGGGUCAAAGAAUUCGAGAAUAUUCCAGAGACAGUCUUUGACGCGUAUACCGAGAUACUGGACGCAAUAGAUGAAGCAGAUCGUGAAGCAGUGAAAGCUAUGUUGGAGAUUGUCUUGGCCGCACAGAGACCUUUGACCGUUCAGGAAAUGGAGAUUGCCUUGAAGGUUGGUAUGGAUGACGAGGCCUUUGAGCGCGGAGACGAGUUCAACCCACUUCUUAUUUAA